AUGGCGGGGACCCCGGGCCGCGGUCCUCGGGGCGCCCCCGGGAUUGCUUACCUCCUGAGCGCCCUGCUCGCCGGAUUGCUCUCCUCCGGGGCCGCCGCCUUCAACCUGGAUGUGAUGGGCGCGCUGCGCAAGGAGGGCGAGCCGGGCAGCCUGUUCGGCUUCUCGGUGGCGCUGCACCGGCAGCUGCAGCCCCGGCCCCAGAGCUGGCUGCUGGUGGGCGCUCCCCAGGCCCUGGCUCUGCCCGGGCAGCAGGCGAACCGCACUGGAGGCCUCUUUGCCUGCCCCUUGAGCCUGGAGGAGACGGACUGCUACCGAGUGGAUAUUGACCAGGGAGCUGAUGUGCAGAAGGAGAGCAAGGAGAACCAGUGGUUGGGAGUUAGUGUUCGGAGCCAGGGUCCUGGGGGCAAGAUUGUUACCUGUGCACACCGAUACGAGUCCAGGCAGCGGGUAGACCAAGUCCUGGAGACGAGGGACGUGAUCGGGCGCUGCUUUGUGCUGAGCCAGGACCUGGCCGUCCGGGACGAGCUGGACGGCGGCGAGUGGAAGUUCUGUGAGGGGCGCCCCCAGGGCCACGAUCAGUUUGGGUUCUGCCAGCAGGGAGCGGCCGCCGCCUUCUCCCCUGACAGCCACUACCUCCUCUUUGGGGCCCCAGGAACCUAUAACUGGAAGGGGUUGCUCUUUGUGACCAACAUUGAUAGCUCAGACCCCGACCAGCUGGUGUAUAAAACUUUGGACCCCGCUGACCGGCUCCCAGGACCGGCCGGAGACUUGGCCCUGAAUAGCUACUUAGGUUUCUCCAUCGAUUCGGGGAAGAGUCUGGUGCGAGCGGAGGAGCUGAGCUUCGUGGCAGGGGCCCCGCGGGCCAACCACAAGGGGGCCGUGCUCAUUCUGCGCAAAGACAGCGCCAGCCGCCUGGUGCCCGAGGUGAUGCUGUCCGGGGAGCGCCUGACCUCCGGCUUCGGCUACUCGCUGGCCGUGGCUGACCUCAACAACGACGGCUGGGCGGACCUGGUAGUGGGUGCCCCCUACUUCUUCGAGCGCCAGGAGGAGCUGGGGGGUGCGGUGUACGUGUACCUGAACCAGGCGGGCCGCUGGGCUGACGUCUCCCCGCUCCGGCUCUGCGGCUCCCCCCACUCCAUGUUUGGGGUCAGCCUGGCUGUCCUCGGGGAUCUCAACCUAGACGGCUUCCCAGAUGUCGCAGUGGGCGCUCCCUUCGAUGGGGACGGGAAGGUCUUCAUCUACCAUGGGAGCAGCCUGGGGGUCGUCACCAAACCCUCCCAGGUGCUGGAGGGCGAGGCCGUGAGCCUGAAGAGCUUCGGCUACUCCCUGUCGGGCGGCCUGGACGUGGACGGGAACCAUUACCCCGACCUGCUGGUGGGCUCCCUGGCCGACACUGCCGUGCUCUUCAGGGCCAGACCAGUCCUCCACGUCUCCCAUGAGGUCUCCAUUGAUCCACCAGCCAUCGACCUAGAACAACCCAACUGUCUUGACGGCCUGGUCUGCGUGAACAUAAGAGUCUGUUUCAGCUACAUUGCAAACCCCAGCAGCUACAGCCCUGUUGUGGCCCUGAACUAUGUGCUAGACGGGGACACAGACCGCAGGCUCCGAGGCCAGGUUCCCCGGGUGACCUUCCUGAGCCGUGGCCCAGAUGACCCCAAGCACCAGGCCUCGGGCACCGUGCGGCUGGAACACCAGCAAGACCGAGUCUGCGGAGACACCAUGUUUCAGCUACAGGAGAAGGUCAAAGACAGGCUUCGGGCCAUCGUGGUGACCCUGUCCUAUAGUCUUCAGACUCCUCGGCAAAGGCGGCAGGCUCCUGGCCAGGGGCUGCCCCCGGUGGACCCCAUCCUCAAUGCCCACCAGCCCAGCACCCAUCGCGCGGAGAUUCACUUCCUGAAGCAGGGCUGUGGUGAUGAUAAGAUCUGUCAGAGCAACCUGCAGCUGGUCCACGCCCGCUUCUGUGCCCGGGUCAGCGACAUGGAGUUCCAGCCUCUGCCCAUGGAUGAGGAUGGGACAACAGCCCUGUUUGCACUGAGCGGGCAGCCAUUCAUAGGCCUGGAGCUGAAGGUCACCAACUUGCCCUCGGACCCAGCACAGCCCCAGGCUGACGGGGACGAUGCCCAUGAAGCCCAGCUGCUGGUCAGCCUCCCUGCCUCUCUGCACUACUCCGGAGUGCGGGCCCUGGACCCUGCGGAGAAGCCCCUGUGCCUGUCCAACGAGAACGCCUCCCACGUGGAGUGUGAGCUGGGGAACCCCAUGAAGAGAGGUGCCCAGAUCUCCUUCUACCUCAUCCUCAGCACCUCAGGCAUCACCAUCGAGACCACGGAGCUGGAGGUGGAGCUGCUCUUGGCCACGAUCAGCGAGCAGGAGCUGCACCCGGUCUCUGUGCGGGCCAAUGUCUUCAUCGAGCUGCCGCUGUCCAUUGCGGGGGUGGCCGUUCCCCAGCAGCUCUUCUUCUCCGGCGUGGUGCGGGGCGAGAGUGCCAUGCGGUCUGAGCGGGAUGUGGGCAGCAAGGUCAAGUAUGAGGUCACGGUCUCCAACCAGGGCCAGUCACUCAACACCCUUGGCUCUGCCUUUCUCAACAUCAUGUGGCCCCACGAGAUUGCCAACGGGAAGUGGCUGCUGUACCCCAUGCGGGUGGAGCUGGAGGGCGGGCAGGGCCCUGGGCAGAAGGGACUCUGUUCCCCCAGGCCCAACAUCCUCCACCUGGAUGUGGACAGCAGGGACAGGAGGCGUCGGGAGCUGGAGCAGCCAGAGCAGCCGGAGCAGCAGGUGCCUCCUGAGCAGCAGGAGCCUAGCACGUCCUGGUGGCCAGUGUCCUCUGCUGAGAAGAAGAAAAACAUCACCCUGGACUGCGCCCGGGGCACCGCCAACUGCGUGCUGUUCAGCUGCCCACUCUUCAGCUUCGACCGCGCUGCCGUGCUGCACGUGUGGGGCCGCCUCUGGAACAGCACCUUCCUGGAGGAGUACUCAGCCGUGAAGUCCCUGGAGGUGAUUGUCCGAGCCAACAUCACCGUGAAGUCUUCCAUCAAGAACCUGGUGCUCAGAGACGCCUCCGCAGUGAUCCCCGUGAUGGUGUACCUGGACCCCGUGGCCGUGGUGGCAGAGGGCGUCCCCUGGUGGGUCAUCCUCCUGGCUGUGCUGGCCGGGCUGCUGGUGCUGGCGCUGCUGGUGCUGCUCCUGUGGAAGAUGGGAUUCUUCAAGCGGGCGCGGUAUCCCGAGGCCACCACCGUGCCCCAGUACCACGCGGUGAAGAUCCCGCGCGAAGACCGGCAGCAGUUCAAGGAGGAAAAGACGGGCACCAUCCUGAGGAGCAACUGGGGCAGCCCCCGGCGGGAGAGCCCCGACGCUCACCCCAUCCUGGCUGCGGACGGGCACCCUGCGCCAGGCACUGCAUAG